AUGAAUUCACACGUCGGAGCUGGAGAUAAACCAGAGAAAUUACAUCGAUUUCCGGCACAGAAAGAGGCUCCCCUGUCCGGGACCCUGAACCCAUAUCAUGAUGGCCGCAUACGAACUGCAGUUCCGAGCAAGCUUAAGGGCAAGACAAUUGGGAACCAAGGCAACUUCAGUGUCCUGCAAAUGCAAGUCCAGAAGCCAGAGAUGACUGCGCGUGACCUUGCCGCCAAGCGUACAAGUGAAAGAACCGCUGCUGCUGCAAAGCUCGCGAGUUCUCAAGGAUAUCGUCACCCGAGGAGACUUCGGCUGCAACCUGCAACUACCUCUCUGGCCUCCGUUCCUGUUGCUAUACCUCUCGCCCAGACCCUCUCGCCACCUCGUUCUCAACUCUCAUAUGUCGUUCCACCCGCCCCUAGACCAAAUUCUCUACCGCACAUCACUCCUUCACCUGCAUAUCAAGAACAACCCUUGGGGAAACAGGCGGUAGCGACAACGGACAUUACAUUGGAUAUUGAUUCACACCAAGUGAGUGAUCCGUGUGCAGAAUCAAACGGUCUGCACCCGAUAAGUCCAGAGUAUUCUCGCGGGCAAUUUGUUGUAGUCACUGCACGAGAGGGCAGUGUGGAACAAGCAGAUGCCACAGUCACAGACCAAGAUCCUAUGCAAGACAUCAAUGUAGAAGUCACAGAUGAACCAUUCAUGACAGUAGACUCACAAGAGAUCGAAACGGAACAUACGAGUGGAGUAACAAAAGUUACAGGAGAAGUCAACCAGGAACAAACAAGAGAAAUAACAGUUGACUCACGAUGGGCCGACGCGAGUCAAACAACUGAGCUAGAAUCUAUGCCCCAACCUCUAUCACCUGAUGUAGUCAAGUCAGAACAGGCCCGGAUCCUCACGCUCUUUCGAUAUACCCAGCCAAGGUUCAUUGUAGACCAGCUUGUGGAAGCGCUGGUUCACUUUGGAACAAUACCUGAUGGGCCUCCGACCGAUACGACCUUGUUUACUAAGAGUACUUCUAACAAUGGCCCUGGUAAUCUCUUCGUUUCCUGGCUUUCUGAAAUUUUCCCGGCCAUCCCUCUCGAAUCGCAUAAAAUGAAGAAGCCCCCAACAGGGAGGCCACGAGGCAGGCCAAAGGGAAGCAUCGCCAGUUACAGCAGGCAGACGACUGCAGUGCAUAGUACGAGUACUGCUUUCGUCCCUCGGACGUACGGAACAACGAGCACGCAAAUCAGAUUGAUGGGAGACGGAACAAGCAAAUCACAACAGGCCGUUGAAGGCGUCCAAGGGCCAGAUGUAAUACUGUCACCGGUUCCGGCUGCUCAAAGUCCUACAGCUACCAUUGUACCGGCCUCGCGGGGACAGGAAGACGUGUCAUUACAGCCCAUAGCAGACGUUUCAAGCCGGACUGUUGCAAUUCCACGAAUGAGGUCAAUUUUUCCAUCAAUGGCACCAAUUGCAGAAGCAUCUGCGCCAAACUCAACACCAGUACAGCGCAAGAAAUCUACAGGUAGGCCUCGCGGCCGACCACCCGGAUCGAAGAACAAGUCGAAGUCGAUAUCCAAAACACAAAGUGAUAAGGCUGGCCAACAGGAUUCGCGACCUGGCAGGUCAAAUUACUUAGGGCCACAAUCUGAAGCAUUGUGGCCUCUCCAGCCAAACAGCGGCUCUCCGGAUACUGUUGAGUCAAGAAUGGCCCGGCCAGAUGCAUUAGACUCACUUGGUAGUAUCAAAGAGAAGAGAAGGAUGAUUGAUCCCAAUUCACAAAGGACCUUGCAACAAGCUCCAAGAGAAGGCCCAACCACAAUCUUGCCUCAAGCCUCUGAUCCGACUGCACCGCCAGCUAGCAGUUCACAACAAGCGAAACGGCGACGUUUAUCCCAGGAGACAUUUCGAAGAGAUCCUGUGUCAUCUGUAGCAAGUAUUUCUAGGUCACGGGCACUAUCAGAUGUGUUUGAGAGCAACUCAAGUAUGGGAUUCCAGUCAGCUCAGUCUCGUCCGUCACAAUAUACUUCACGGCAUCAGAAUCAGAAUUGGUAUAUAGAACACCCCUACCAGGGGCAACAGCCUCAAUCUCAGUUGCAUCCUCCCCUGCAGCAUCAGUUCCACCCACAGCAACUUUCACGAAAUACGGGGUCUGGAACAUGA